UGAGGAAUAUGCGCCAUGCGGAACAAUUCCGCGUGAACACGAUGUCCCAGCCGAGGCCAUUUCGCGGUCGGAUCGCUGUUUGUUUUGAUGCGAACAGCAGGGUUCCACAAGACUUGCGUGUGAAAAUAACGUUUAUAAAAAUGAAUGAAAACGCAACGUGAUUAAUUGGGGAUGGAAGAGAACGAGCUUUCGACCUUCCGAGAGCGAUGGAAACAGGAGUUGAAGAAAAACAGCAAGACAUCGUGUAAAGACAAAGAAGGGUAUUUUGGGCAUCCCAGCAAAGACAGCUCAUCUCUUCACCAGAGCGCGAGCUUUUGGGAGAAACAGAGCAAUGCGGCACAGCAAAGUCAGCCCACACCAAAAGACCAGCCGCAGUACGUGUCGAUCGCCGAGGGGUUGUUGGACGGCAGAAGCAGUCCGCUGCUGGACAGAAUCGAGCAGGAGCGAACGCGCAAGAGGCGCGCUCCCGAUAGCGAGGCGCUCAACACGGACGCGCCCCCCAAAAAAGGCAACAAGUGCCAGAAACUGCUCGAGCAGUUCCUUCAGGACCUGAAUGAGAUGAAUGACAUCCCAUUCUUUGAUGUGGAGUUGCCUUAUGAACUCGCGCUCAAGAUCUUCCACUUCCUGGGCAGAACAGAUCUAGGACGAUGUGCUCAGGUAUCUAAAUCCUGGAAGGUGCUGGCUGAGGAUGAGGUCCUGUGGCAUAGAUUGUGCCUGGAGGAAGGUUAUCACAAUGGGGCAAGUAUUUCUGACUCCCCCUGCUGGAAGAGCACACUUCGAGACUGCCGCAACACUGAGAUUGUGGUAAAGUCAAACUGGAAGAAUCGCGUCGGGUCCAUUCGUCAUCUGCAGUAUGAGCUGGGAAAGGUGUUGUGUGACGUCAGUUCCUGUGCUGGUCUUGUGAUUGCUGGCUACACCUCUGGUGAUGUCCGUCUGUGGGACACGCUUCACUGGGACAAAUCUUACCUGCACCCCACACAUUCCAUAAGAGAUGAAACCCCUGCACCUUAUGUUAGUCAUGUACGUGUCAAUAAGACCAUAGCCACAGCUGCUUAUGAGAAUGGCUGUGUAGAUGUGUGGAGCACUGAAACAGGUCUUGAGCCCAUUCAUCGGUACCAGCACCUCCAGAGGGUUCAUGCUCUGGAUCUAAGUCCCGACAGUCCGGCUUUGGCCUCUGCAUCAGGACCAGAUGUGCGGGUGGACUUUCCAGAUGAGCAAAGCUACUGGAGAUCACAAUGUCUCGUUCAGUUACCAAAGCCUGUAGAUGGGGUAUUGGUGGUGCCAGGGAGGCGGGACGUCCCUUUGGUCACAGCGUGGGCAGAUGAGAGUGUUUACCUGCUGGAUUCCAGAUGGAAUGAAGAACAGGAACCAAGAGUUCUUCACUCUGUAUACGGCCAUCCAGUGACCUGUGUAGACGUGUCACCUGGCAGAGCUGCACUGGGGAUCAAGAGCUGCGGAUGGGGCAUGAACGACGGGGGAAACAAGGUAUCUGUACAGACACGUGGUGCACUUUUGUGCAAUGUAAAAAAAAUAGUAAAUAAAUAAUGAUGAUAAUACACU